CCAACAUGUGACGAAUAGCUGUUUUGUAUGUAAAUAACUGUGGCUAAACCGAUGGUGGUGUUUAUUUAUAAAUAGAAUAUUAUUCCAACCUUUUAGCAAAGUAACUUUUAACGUAAAAAAUAGUCUUAUAUAUAUCGAACAAUAUGGUUUUACCUUCAGCGGAAGAACUUGCAGAUUUGGUGUUCAAGGAAUUUAGGCAAUUACCAAAAACGGGAAAGCCCGCCACGAACGAGUGGACAAUCCUUUCUGCCAUACUAAUGCACGAUACUGCAAAAGGUACCACUAAAGUCGCAGCUAUAGGAUGUGGCACCAAGUGUGUAGGCAAAAAAAAACUUUGUUAUAAGGGUUUCAUCGUAAAUGACUCGCACGCCGAAGUACUGGCUAGACGUGCACUUCUGCGCUAUAUUUACUAUCUUUUAAAGCGUGUAAUAGAAGACAAGGAUGAUAGUGUUAUCCAGUGGGAUAAUGAAUACGUUUGCUUUCGAUUACGACCAGAACUAAGUUUUCAUUUUGUUAGUACACAGACACCUUGCGGUGACGCUUGUAUUCGAAACGAAGCUAUUGAAGAAAAAAGUACAAAAGAGGAGCGUAACAUUAAUGAUGCGCCCACUGAACCAAAACAGAAAAAACGAAAAAUGAAUAAUGAAAAUGAUGAAAAAGAAGGCUAUGCACCCAACGGCGAUGAUAAUGUAGGUGCUCCCUUACAAGCAUGUCCGAAUGAUGCUGUCUACACAGGGGCGAAAUUAAUAGGUUUAACAGAUGAACAGGAUGCAAUGCAACAAAAAAUCGGCGCCGUAAGAACGAAACCUGGUCGUGGGGACCGCACUCUAUCUAUGUCAUGUAGCGAUAAGCUGGCGCGUUGGAAUGUGCUUGGUGUGCAAGGAGCUUUGUUGGACACAUUACUAGCGCAACCUAUUUAUUUUGAAACACUGAAUUUUGUUGGAGGUGCAAAAAAUGAGGAAGCAAUCAAGCGUGCUAUAUAUGAGCGCUUUAUUGACAAAGAAUUUAAAUUUACUAAAUUUAAUGUUCACAAGCCAACAAUAAGGUUCGCUGAAACCGUUAAGUUUGAAUAUGCUGAGAACGACAACCGAAAAAAUCCAGCUGCAACUAGUAUAUCAUGGUGCAACAUUCCUAUAGAUUUAAAACCAUACGAAAUCUUAGUAAAUGGCCGUAAACAAGGUGUUACAAGAAAAAUGUUUGGCACCCUACAAUCUGCAGUAAAAAUUUGUAAAUACAACCUAUUGCUUGAAUAUGUGGAUAUAUUACGAGUGGAACCGAAACUGAGACAAAAAUAUCUAAUCGAUCACGAAAAGCUUGAAAACUACCAAUACUAUACAUAUAAACAAAUAGCAAACGAGUAUCAAACAGCUUGGACCCUGGCUAAACAAAACUACUUUUCACAAUGGACUGAGAAACCGCGAUAUUUGCUGAAAUUUAGUUUAAAAAUACGCCCAUUAUAUUGAAAUAUGGUCAAGUCAUUUAUUUAUAUGUAUAAUGUCAAUAAAUAUUUGAUGUGUGUAUGUAUGUAAUAAUAACUAUAUUUGUGAUACAAUUGUUCAACUGUAUAAAUAUUAUUAUGUACAAAUUUUGUUUACCCUCAGCUGAAAUAGAAUUAAUUUAAUUUUUUUUUUUUAAUAUUCGGAACAUCAAUUUGCAACACAAAGCUAUGUAUAUAAGUUUCAAUAUGUUAAAACACACAGACGCUUAUACUUUGUUUAAUACAAGCUGUUGUGCAAUAAGCAUGAUUUUUUGUUUUUUAUUUAACGCAAACGGUUCACAUUUAAAAGCACAAAUAGAAUUGUUUAUUUAUAUUAACUGUAUUCAAAUACAUUUUUUACUUAUUUUUUACAAUCAUAUUUAUUAUGCGCCUUUGCAUGGUUUUAAUUAUAAUUAUGGCAAACAUCGUUAAAUAUUUAUUUCGACUAGUGUGAUUUUUUGGUGUUGUUUGGCGUGGAAUAAUUGUACUUAACCUCCAAAUAAAGAGUUGACAAACGAAAUCAUUUU